AUGAACGCUAUUAAGAAACGUCUGCAGACAUUGAAACUCGAGAAAGAUCUCGCGAUGGACAAAGCUGAUCUGUGUGAUCAGCAAGCGAAGGAGGCGAAUCGAAGGGAAGAAAAACUGAAGGACGAAGUUCGCGAAUUGGCGAAAAAGCUGGUACAAAUGGAGCACGAUUUGGAAGUGAGCAAAACCCAGUUGAUAAAAUCAAACAAGAAUCUCGAGAUGAAAGAGAGAGUCUAUAUCGUGACGCAGUCGGAACUGGCGGUGCUGAAUAGAAAAAUGCAGCAGUGCGUCCAGAAUUUAGAAAAGUCCGAGGAGCGACGUUUGUCGGCUCAAGCGAAGCUGACGCAGGCUACGGAAACUGCGGAAGAUGCAAAGCGCAUCUGCAAAGUUCUGGAAAACAGAAGUAAGCAGGACGAAGAAAGGAUGGACCAACUGAUGGCGCAGUUAAAGGAAGCGAGACUCAUCGCCGAGGACGCUGACACGAAAUCGGAUGAGAUUUCUAGAAAAUUGGCAUUCGUCGAGGACGAACUUGAAGCGGCAGAAGAAAGGGUUAAAUCGAGCGAGGCAAAAAUCCUCGAACGAGAAGAUGAGCUAUUCAUCGUCGGCAAUAUACUGAAGUCUCUUGAGGUGUCUGAAGAAAAAGCUAAUCAAAGGGUGGAAGAGUUUAAAGCGCAAUUGAAGGAAUUAAAAAUCAGACUAAAAGUUGCUGAGAAACGUGCUAUAACCGCCGAAAAAACAGUCAAGAUAUUCACGAAAGAAAUGGACAAGAGAGAAGAUUAUCUUUUGAAAGAAAAGGAAAAAUACAAAUUUAUCUGCGACGAUUUGGACUCCACGUUUUCGGAGCUCACGGGUUACUGAAAGAAUUCUCGUAUAAAACGUUCAAUGGAUUAUCUGUCAUCAAGAUUUGCAUUGCAUAAAUAUAAAUGUAAUCGCAAAUUCUCACCUUUAUUGAAUUGUCUCAUGAGGUUCGCAGAAAAUUCACCCCGUGUACUUUACACGAUAUCAAUUUAUUUAAUCGAUUCUACGAUCGACACAAUGCAUCGAAAUGUCGUACCACAGAUUUAAUACAGUUUAAAUUUAAUCGCACAAUUUUAAUCGUACAACCUCCGAUCGCAGAACGGAGAAAAAAUUCGCGUGCUUUUCUUUAUUUCACGGAGCUCUCGCGAUGACUCUUGCGCGAUCUCGCGAUUGGACCGCACGUGCGCCGCACUCGCGCCUUUUCCUUUCUUUUUUUUUCUUUCUACAACGACGUUAAUCGCGGUUACAAUAACAAUCGUCCAUUUGAUUUGUUCACUCGUCCCUAUCCGCAUCAAUGCAGCAAUUAAAGUGCAUUCUCCGAGUUGCACGGAUUAUUGCAUAAGGUAACGAGAGAUGCACCGAGUUAUGUCACUGCACCAUCCUUCGAGGACCGCAAAAUUCGCACAAGUCGCGCUACAACGUAAAUCCGAUAAUCCGACAAAAAUAUCACACCGAGAUCUUAACUUAUCGAAUCCAAAAAAAAAAAAAAAAAAAA